AUGGCCGGGCCGACGGAGGAAGCCCUGCCUGCAGGCGGUGGCACACAGGCCCCCCGGGCAGCCAUCCCGGGACCCAGAGACCCAGGGCAGCACGGAGCCUGCUGUGAACAGUCGGAGGGUGGACGUCGCCCUCACUCUGCAGCUCGGAGCAUGACCAUCAUCCCGCCUAUCACCGUCUUCCCCGCCAUGAGCUCCCCGAACGCCGCGCACAACGGGCGGGUGUGCAGCACCUGGGGCGACUUCCACUAUAAGACCUUCGACGGGGACGUCUUCCGCUUCCCGGGCCUGUGCAACUACGUCCUCUCCAUGCACUGCGGGGCCGCCUACGAGGACUUCAACGUCCAGGUCCGCCGCGGCCUGGCCGGCUCCAGGCCUACCAUCACCCACAUCAUCCUCAAGACCCAGGGGCUGGUGCUGGAGGCCUCCAACGGCUCGAUCCUCAUCAACGGGCAGCGGGAGGAGCUGCCCUACAGCCGCGCUGGCGUCCUGGUAGAGGAGAGCAGUGUCUACAUCAAGGUUGACGUCCGGCUGGUGCUAACCUUCCUGUGGAACAGAGAGGAAGCCGCCCUGCUGGAGCUGGACCCCAAGUACGCCAACCAGACGUGUGGUCUGUGUGGGGACUUCAACGGACUCCGGGCCGUCAACGAGUUCUUUGCCCAUAACGUCAGGCUGACCCCUCUCCAGUUUGGAAAUCUCCAGAAGCUGGAUGGGCCCACAGAGCAAUGCCAGGACCCCCUACCUUCCCCCGCCAACAACUGCACGGAUAGGGAGGGCAUCUGCCACCGCACCCUGUUGGGCCCGGCCUUCUCGGACUGCAACACGCUGGUGGACCCUGCCGUGUACGUGGCCGCCUGCACCCAGGAUCUGUGCCGCUGCCCGGACUGCCCGUGUGCCACCUUCGCCGAGUACUCCCGCCAGUGUGCCCAUGCAGGGGGACAGCCCCAGAACUGGAGGGGUCCUGACCUCUGCCCCUGGACCUGCCCCCUCAACACACAGCAGCGGGAAUGCGGCUCGCCCUGCGCGGACACCUGCUCCAACCCGGAGCGCUCCCAGCUCUGCGAGGACCACUGUGUGGAUGGCUGCUUCUGCCCCCCAGGCACGGUGCUGGAUGACGUCACCCACACGGGCUGCCUGCCCCUAGAACAGUGUCCAUGCACCCACGGCGGCCACACCUACGCCCCGGGGGCCUCCUUCACCACCAGCUGCAGCUCCUGCACCUGCUCUGGGGGGCUGUGGCAAUGCCAGAACCUUCCGUGCCCUGGCACCUGCUCCGUCCAGGGCGGGUCCCACAUCUCCACCUACGAUGAGAGACUCUACGAUGUGCAUGGGGACUGCAGCUACGUCCUGUCCAAGAAAUGUGCAGGCAACGGCUUCACUGUGCUGGCCGAGCUGCGGAAAUGUGGCCUGACGGACAACGAGAACUGCCUCAAAAUGGUGACGCUCAGCGUGAACGGCGGGGACACGGUCAUCCAGAUCCAGGCCAGCGGCGGGGUAUUCAUGAACUCCGUGCACACGCGGCUGCCCGUGUCAGCAGCCAACAUCACCAUCUUCAGGCCUACGUCCUUCUUCGUCCUGGUGCACACGGGCCUCGGGCUGCAGCUGCAGGUUCAGCUGGUGCCCCUCAUGCAGGUGUUCCUCAGGCUGGACCCCUCCUAUCACGGACAGAUGUGCGGCCUGUGCGGGAACUUCAACCAGAACCAGGCCGAUGACUUCCGGACCCUCAGCGGCGUGGUGGAGGGCACGGCCGCCGCCUUCGCCAACACCUGGAAGACCCAGGCCGCCUGCCCCAACGUCAAGAACAGCUUCGAGGACCCCUGCUCCCUCAGCGUGGAGAACGAGAACUACGCCCAGCACUGGUGCUCCCUGCUGACCGACCCUGCCGGAGCCUUCUCGCCCUGUCACUCUGUCCUCAACCCUGCACCCUUCCACUCGCACUGCAUGUUCGACACGUGCAACUGUCAGAAGAGCGAGGACUGUCUGUGUGCGGCCCUGUCCUCCUACGUGCGCGCCUGUGCCGCCAAGGGGGUGCUGCUCAGAGGCUGGAGGGACGGCGUGUGCGCCAAGUAUGUGAGCAGCUGCCCCAAGUCCCAGAACUACAGCUAUGUGGUGGCCGGCUGCCAGCCCACCUGCCGCGCUCUGAGCCAGGUCGACGUCACCUGCGGCGUCACCUUCGUGCCUGUGGACGGCUGCAUCUGCCCCUCGGGCACCUUCCUGGACGACUCGGGUGCCUGCGUGUCCGCUGAGGCCUGUCCCUGCUACUUCCGUGGCUCUGCAGUGGCCCCGGGGGAGGUGGUGCACGACGACAGCGUGGUGUGCUCGUGCGUGGGUGGGAAGCUGAGUUGCCUGGGAGCAGCGGAGCACAGGAGCUCAGGGUGCGCGGCCCCCAUGGUGUACCUGGACUGCCGCAACGUCUCCGCCGGCGCGCCCGGGGCCGAGUGUCUCAGGAGCUGCCACACGCUGGACGUGGACUGUUUCAGCACUCACUGCGUGUCCGGCUGCGUCUGCCCCCCGGGGCUGGUGUCCGACGGGAGCGGAGGCUGCGUGGCGGAGGAGGACUGUCCUUGUCUGCACAACGAGGCCGCCUACAAGCCCGGGGAGACCAUCAGGGUCGACUGUAACACCUGCACGUGCAGGAGCCGCAGGUGGGAAUGCAGCAGCAAGGCCUGCCUGGGCACCUGCGUGGCCUACGGGGACGGCCACUUCAUCACCUUCGAUGGCGAGCGCUACAGCUUUGAAGGAAGUUGCGAGUACACGCUGGCGCAGGACUACUGUGGGGGCAAUGGCACCGGCACCACAAACGGGACUUUCCGCGUCGUCACCGAAAACGUCCCCUGUGGGACCACGGGUGUCACCUGCUCUAAGGCCAUCAAGCUCUUCCUGGAGAACUAUGAGCUGAUCCUGCGUGAGGGCACCCACAAGGUGGUGCAGAGGGGGCCGGGCGGAGACCUGCCGUACAAGGUCCGGUACACGGGCGUCUACCUGACUGUCGAGACCCGCAGCGGCAUGGUGGUGUCCUGGGACCGAAAGACCAGCGUGUUCAUCCGACUACAGCAGGGCUACAAGGGCCGGGUCUGUGGGCUGUGCGGGAACUUUGACGACAACGCCGUCAAUGACUUCACCACGCGGAGCCAGUCCGUGGUGGGCAACGCCCUGGAGUUUGGCAACAGCUGGAAAUUCUCCCCGUCCUGCGCCGACGCCCCGGCCCCCAGGGACGCCUGCGCCGCCAACCCGCACCGCAAGUCCUGGGCCCAGAAGCAGUGCAGUGUCCUCAACAGCGCCACCUUCGCCGCCUGCCAUUCUCAGGUCGACUCCACCAAGUAUUACGAGGCCUGCGUGGGCGACGCGUGUGCCUGUGACUCCGGGGGCGACUGUGAGUGUCUCUGCACGGCCGUGGCCGCCUACGCCCAGGCCUGCCGCGACGUGGGCGUGUGCGUGUCCUGGCGGACCCCGGACAUCUGCCCCUUGUUCUGCGACUACUACAACCGCGAGGGCCAGUGUGAGUGGCACUACCAGCCGUGCGGCGCGCCCUGCAUGAGGACCUGCCGGAACCCGAGCGGCCGCUGCCUGACCGACCUGCCGGGCCUGGAAGGCUGCUACCCAAAGUGCCCGCCCAGCGAGCCGUUCUUCAACGAGGACCAGAUGAAGUGCGUGGCCCAGUGCGGCUGCUACGACGAGGACGGGAACUACCACGACGUGGGCGCGAGGGUCCCCACGGCAGAGAACUGCCAGAGCUGUGAAUGCACGGCCGGCGGCCUCCGGUGCACGCACAGCCUCGAAGCCUGCACCUGCACCUACGAGGGCAGGACCUACCACUUCGAGGACGUCAUCUACAACACGACCGACGGGCUCGGUGCCUGUUUGAUCGCCAUCUGUGGAAACAAUGGGACCGUCGUUCGGAAGGCUGUGGAAUGUCCCGGAACCCCGUCCACGACACCCUUCACCUUCACCACCACCGUGACACCCCUCUCCACAACAGGCUCAGUCCCCACCUCCUCCACCGUGUGUGUGCGAGAAGUGUGCUAUUGGUCCGGCUGGCAUGACAGCAGCCAUCCAGAGCCUGGCCUGGCAGGUGGAGACUUUGAGACGUUUGUGAACCUGAGGCAGAGGGGCCAUGAGGUCUGCCCAGCCCCAGUGGCCAUUGAGUGCCGGGCACAGAAAUUCCCCCACAUCCCGCUGCAGCUCCUGGGCCAGAAAGUGGAGUGUGACGUGGCCCGGGGGCUGACUUGCCUCAACGGUGAGCAGAGCCACCAGCUAUGCUAUAACUAUGAGCUGCAAGUCCUCUGCUGUGACCACGUGCCCUGUGGCACUUCCCCUGGUGCCACCACCCAGCAGCCACCCGUCAGCUCCCUGUCUGGCCCUACCUUCCAGUCCACGGUGGCCUCCACCCUCCAGUCCACGGGGGCCCCCACCCUCCAGUCCACGGGGGCCCCCACCGUCCAGUCCACGGGGGCCCCCACCCUCCAGUCCACGGGGGCCCCCACCCUCCAGUCCACGGGGGCCCCCACCGUCCAGUCCACGCUGGCCCCCACCGUCCAGUCCACGGGGGCUCCCACCCUCCAGUCCACGGGGGCCCCCACCGUCCAGUCCACGGGGGCCCCCACCGUCCAGUCCACGGGGGCCCCCACCGUCCAGUCCACGGGGGCUCCCACCCUCCAGUCCACGGGGGCCCCCACCCUCCAGUCCACGGGGGCCACAACCACGACAGGGACCCGGACACUAAGCAGCUCCUCGGCCUCGGCCACCACCACCUGUCAGCCCUGGUGUCUGUGGACAGAGUGGUUCGAUGAGGACUACCCCAAGUCCGAGGAGGCCGGGGGGGACGUUGAGUCGUAUGACAAGAUCAGGAGGGCGGGAGGGGCUGUGUGCGAGCGGCCGGAGGACAUCGAGUGCCAGGCCGAGAUCUUCCCCGGCAGGAGCCCCGCGGAGCUGGGCCAGCACGUGCACUGCGACCCCAGCUUCGGCCUGGUGUGCAGGAACGAGGAGCAGGCGGGCCUCUUCAAGAUGUGCUACAACUACAGGAUCCGUGUGCUCUGCUGCAGCCGCGACCACUGCACAGGGCCCACCGCCACCGCCACCACCACCGCCGGGCCGUGGACUCGGACGACCCCGCCGGAGACCCCGUGGCGCCCCUCGACGGGACCCACCCUGGCGUCAGGGACGACACCCACCCACGUGGCUCCCACCGUCACAAGAGCAGCGGGCGCGACCGGCACCGGCACCAUCAGCCCACCGUCCACAGAGACGACCACGCCAACGACAAAGACGUCGCCGGGAACCCCGGGAACCGGGCCAACCACCGGCCAGGGCACGACCGGCUGUCAGCCCCAGUGCGAGUGGACAGACUGGUUUGACGUGGACUUCCCGACCUCAGGGGUGGAGGGCGGGGACAUGGAGACCUUCGACAACAUCAGGGCCGCCGGGGGCAAGCUGUGCCGGGAGCCCAAGGACGUACAGUGCCGGGCAGAGAGCUACCCCGAGGUCAGCAUCGACCAGAUCGGGCAGGUGAUCAGCUGCAGCCUGCAGACAGGGCUGGUCUGUAGGAACGCGGACCAGAAGGGCGAGUUCAACAUGUGCUUCAACUAUAACGUCCGGGCGCUCUGCUGCCAGCCCUCCCCCCACUGCCCCACCUCCGCGGCCCCCAGCACCAGCAGCACUGCCGCUGGGGCUGUGACGUCACCGGGACCAGGGGCCUCCACCAGAGCAAGACUCUCUGUGGCCACCAGCCAGACGCUUCCUCCCUCUGCCAGGAUCACAGAGAGGGUCUCCAGCCCCAGCCCCUCCUCCUCUCCGGGCAUCCCCACGACGACCAGCAAGCCCACCUCAGUCCACGCACCCACCACGGUCCCUGUGGUGACCUCCAGUGGGCGGGCCACCCCCUGGUCCCGGCCCAGCAGGCCCACCUCCAGGACCACGCCGCUCUCCACAGCCUCGCGGCCCGGCUCCACCAGGCACACGCUGGCCCCCUCAUCCUCCCCGGGCUGCAGGCCACGGUGCGCGUGGACAGACUGGUUCGACGAGGACUACCCCAUACCGGGCCCCGACGGCGGGGACUUCGAGACCUUCGCGGUCUGGCGCUUGGCCGGGCACGUCUUCUGUGACCGGCCCCGGGACAUCGAGUGCCGAUCAGAGAAGGUGCCCGAUGCGCCCCUGGAGGAGGUGGGGCAGGUGGUCCAGUGCAACGUGAGCUUUGGGCUGGUGUGCCGCAACCGCGAGCAGCCGGGGCCCCUGCCCUACUGCCACAACUUCCACGCGCGACUGCUCUGCUGUGAGGACUACAGCCACUGCACCACCACCCCCGCCACCACUGCGGCCCUGUCCCUGGAGACCUCCCUGUCCCCGGAGACCUCCCGUACCUCGGCGAUGCCCACCACCACGCCCACCACUGUCUCCCGCUCCCCGCCCGGCACCCGGGUCAGUGCGUCCCCGACGUGGCGCACCGAGACCUCGUCCGGCCUCCCCGGCACCGUGCCCAGCACCGCCGGGGCCACCUCCAGCACCAGGACCUCCCUACCGCCCCCCACGACCGAGGCCACCAGCUCCCCGCCGAGCACCGCCCUGGGCUCCUCCACAGUCGCCUCCACGGCCACGUCACCAGCAGUCGGGUCCACGGCCUGCGAGCCUCGCUGUGCCUGGACGGAUUGGCUAGACGAGAGCUAUCCGGUGCCAGGGGCCUCCGGUGGGGACUUUGAGACGUAUGCCAACAUCCGGGCGGCCGGCAAAGCCAUCUGCAAGCGGCCCCUGGGCCUGGAGUGUCGGGCCGAGCUGCUGCCCGACGUGCCCCUGCAGGAGCUGGGCCAGGUGGUGCAGUGCAGGCUGGGCGAGGGUCUGGUGUGCCACAAUCGUGACCAGGUUGGCCGGUUCAAGAUGUGCCUCAACUACCACAUCCGCGUGCUCUGCUGUGACGACUACAGCCACUGUCCCAGCACCCUGGCCACCACUACGAUGACCCCCCGGGCCACCAGCCCGGGUCCGACCCCCACACUGGCUGCCAGUACCACCGUCUGGUCCCCAACGACCCCCAGUCCUACAGCGCCCAGCACGGGCCACACCGCGGCCACCUCCCCGUGCCAGCCCGCCUGCCGCUGGACGGGCUGGCUGGACAGUGACCAGCCCCUGCCCGGCCGCUUCGGGGGCGACAUUGAGACCUACUACCACAUCCAGGACACGGGCGGCCAGCUCUGCGCGGAUCCCGAGGCCAUCGAGUGCCAGGCCGUCCUCUUCCCGGACGUGCCCUUGGAGCAGCUGGGCCAGGUGCUACGAUGUGACGUCAACUACGGACUCAUCUGCAGGAACAACCGGCAGAGAGGAGGCCAGACUUGCCUCAACUACCACAUCCGCGUGCUCUGCUGUGACGACUACAGCCACUGUGCCAGCUCUGCGGUCCCUGAGCCCACCAGCAGCAGCAGCAGCACAGGACAAAGGACCACCCAGACCCUUCCCCCGUCCUCUGGGAUCACCUGGAGGGUCACUGUCCCCACCUCCCAGCCAGGUCCCUCCUCCCCCCGGACCACCCAGAGACUCUCUGUGGCCACCAGCCAGACGCUUCCUCCCUCUGCCAGGAUCACAGAGAGGGUCUCCAGCCCCAGCCCCUCCUCCUCUCCGGGCAUCCCCACGACGACCAGCAAGCCCACCUCAGUCCACGCACCCACCACGGUCCCUGUGGUGACCUCCAGUGGGCGGGCCACCCCCUGGUCCCGGCCCAGCAGGCCCACCUCCAGGACCACGCCGCUCUCCACAGCCUCGCGGCCCGGCUCCACCAGGCACACGCUGGCCCCCUCAUCCUCCCCGGGCUGCAGGCCACGGUGCGCGUGGACAGACUGGUUCGACGAGGACUACCCCAUACCGGGCCCCGACGGCGGGGACUUCGAGACCUUCGCGGUCUGGCGCUUGGCCGGGCACGUCUUCUGUGACCGGCCCCGGGACAUCGAGUGCCGAUCAGAGAAGGUGCCCGAUGCGCCCCUGGAGGAGGUGGGGCAGGUGGUCCAGUGCAACGUGAGCUUUGGGCUGGUGUGCCGCAACCGCGAGCAGCCGGGGCCCCUGCCCUACUGCCACAACUUCCACGCGCGACUGCUCUGCUGUGAGGACUACAGCCACUGCACCACCACCCCCGCCACCACUGCGGCCCUGUCCCUGGAGACCUCCCUGUCCCCGGAGACCUCCCGUACCUCGGCGAUGCCCACCACCACGCCCACCACUGUCUCCCGCUCCCCGCCCGGCACCCGGGUCAGUGCGUCCCCGACGUGGCGCACCGAGACCUCGUCCGGCCUCCCCGGCACCGUGCCCAGCACCGCCGGGGCCACCUCCAGCACCAGGACCUCCCUACCGCCCCCCACGACCGAGGCCACCAGCUCCCCGCCGAGCACCGCCCUGGGCUCCUCCACAGUCGCCUCCACGGCCACGUCACCAGCAGUCGGGUCCACGGCCUGCGAGCCUCGCUGUGCCUGGACGGAUUGGCUAGACGAGAGCUAUCCGGUGCCAGGGGCCUCCGGUGGGGACUUUGAGACGUAUGCCAACAUCCGGGCGGCCGGCAAAGCCAUCUGCAAGCGGCCCCUGGGCCUGGAGUGUCGGGCCGAGCUGCUGCCCGACGUGCCCCUGCAGGAGCUGGGCCAGGUGGUGCAGUGCAGGCUGGGCGAGGGUCUGGUGUGCCACAAUCGUGACCAGGUUGGCCGGUUCAAGAUGUGCCUCAACUACCACAUCCGUGUGCUCUGCUGUGACGACUACAGCCACUGUCCCAGCACCCUGGCCACCACUACGAUGACCCCCCGGGCCACCAGCCCGGGUCCGACCCCCACACUGGCUGCCAGUACCACCGUCUGGUCCCCAACGACCCCCAGUCCUACAGCGCCCAGCACGGGCCACACCGCGGCCACCUCCCCGUGCCAGCCCGCCUGCCGCUGGACGGGCUGGCUGGACAGUGACCAGCCCCUGCCCGGCCGCUUCGGGGGCGACAUUGAGACCUACUACCACAUCCAGGACACGGGCGGCCAGCUCUGCGCGGAUCCCGAGGCCAUCGAGUGCCAGGCCGUCCUCUUCCCGGACGUGCCCUUGGAGCAGCUGGGCCAGGUGCUACGAUGUGACGUCAACUACGGACUCAUCUGCAGGAACAACCGGCAGAGAGGAGGCCAGACUUGCCUCAACUACCACAUCCGCGUGCUCUGCUGUGACGACUACAGCCACUGUGCCAGCUCUGCGGUCCCUGAGCCCACCAGCAGCAGCAGCAGCAGCACAGGACAAAGGAUCACAGAGAGGGUCUCCAGCCCCAGCCCCUCCUCCUCUCCGGGCAUCCCCACGACGACCAGCAAGCCCACCUCAGUCCACGCACCCACCACGGUCCCUGUGGUGACCUCCAGUGGGCGGGCCACCCCCUGGUCCCGGCCCAGCAGGCCCACCUCCAGGACCACGCCGCUCUCCACAGCCUCGCGGCCCGGCUCCACCAGGCCGGCCCCCUCAUCCUCCCCGGGCUGCAGGCCACGGUGCGCGUGGACAGACUGGUUCGACGAGGACUACCCCAUACCGGGCCCCGACGGCGGGGACUUCGAGACCUUCGCGGUCUGGCGCUUGGCCGGGCACGUCUUCUGUGACCGGCCCCGGGACAUCGAGUGCCGAUCAGAGAAGGUGCCCGAUGCGCCCCUGGAGGAGGUGGGGCAGGUGGUCCAGUGCAACCCGGGGCCCCUGCCCUACUGCCACAACUUCCACGCGCGACUGCUCUGCUGUGAGGACUACAGCCACUGCACCACCACCCCCGCCACCACUGCGGCCCUGUCCCUGGAGACCUCCCUGUCCCCGGAGACCUCCCGUACCUCGGCGAUGCCCACCACCACGCCCACCACUGUCUCCCGCUCCCCGCCCGGCACCCGGGUCAGUGCGUCCCCGACGUGGCGCACCGAGACCUCGUCCGGCCUCCCCGGCACCGUGCCCAGCACCGCCGGGGCCACCUCCAGCACCAGGACCUCCCUACCGCCCCCCACGACCGAGGCCACCAGCUCCCCGCCGAGCACCGCCCUGGGCUCCUCCACAGUUGCCUCCACGGCCACGUCACCAGCAGUCGGGUCCACGGCCUGCGAGCCUCGCUGUGCCUGGACGGAUUGGCUAGACGAGAGCUAUCCGGUGCCAGGGGCCUCCGGUGGGGACUUUGAGACGUAUGCCAACAUCCGGGCGGCCGGCAAAGCCAUCUGCAAGCGGCCCCUGGGCCUGGAGUGUCGGGCCGAGCUGCUGCCCGACGUGCCCCUGCAGGAACUGGGCCAGGUGGUGCAGUGCAGGCUGGGCGAGGGUCUGGUGUGCCACAAUCGUGACCAGGUUGGCCGGUUCAAGAUGUGCCUCAACUACCACAUCCGCGUGCUCUGCUGUGACGACUACAGCCACUGUCCCAGCACCCUGGCCACCACUACGAUGACCCCCCGGGCCACCAGCCCGGGUCCGACCCCCACACUGGCUGCCAGUACCACCGUCUGGUCCCCAACGACCCCCAGUCCUACAGCGCCCAGCACGGGCCACACCGCGGCCACCUCCCCGUGCCAGCCCGCCUGCCGCUGGACGGGCUGGCUGGACAGUGACCAGCCCCUGCCCGGCCGCUUCGGGGGCGACAUUGAGACCUACUACCACAUCCAGGACACGGGCGGCCAGCUCUGCGCGGAUCCCGAGGCCAUCGAGUGCCAGGCCGUCCUCUUCCCGGACGUGCCCUUGGAGCAGCUGGGCCAGGUGCUACGAUGUGACGUCAACUACGGACUCAUCUGCAGGAACAACCGGCAGAGAGGAGGCCAGACUUGCCUCAACUACCACAUCCGCGUGCUCUGCUGUGACGACUACAGCCACUGUGCCAGCUCUGCGGUCCCUGAGCCCACCAGCAGCAGCAGCAGCAGCACAGGACAAAGGUCAUCGCAGACCCUUUCUCCUUCUUCUGGGACCACCCAGAUCCUUCCUUCUUCCCCCAGGACCACCCAGGCCCCUCCUUCUUCUGGGACCACCUGGAGGGUCACUCUCCCCACCUCUCAGACAGGUCCUUCCUCCCCCAGGACCACCCAGACCCUUCCCCCGUCCUCUGGGAUCACCUGGAGGGUCACUGUCCCCACCUCCCAGCCAGGUCCCUCCUCCCCCCGGACCACCCAGAGACUCUCUGUGGCCACCAGCCAGACGCUUCCUCCCUCUGCCAGGAUCACAGAGAGGGUCUCCAGCCCCAGCCCCUCCUCCUCUCCGGGCAUCCCCACGACGACCAGCAAGCCCACCUCAGUCCACGCACCCACCACGGUCCCUGUGGUGACCUCCAGUGGGCGGGCCACCCCCUGGUCCCGGCCCAGCAGGCCCACCUCCAGGACCACGCCGCUCUCCACAGCCUCGCGGCCCGGCUCCACCAGGCACACGCUGGCCCCCUCAUCCUCCCCGGGCUGCAGGCCACGGUGCGCGUGGACAGACUGGUUCGACGAGGACUACCCCAUACCGGGCCCCGACGGCGGGGACUUCGAGACCUUCGCGGUCUGGCGCUUGGCCGGGCACGUCUUCUGUGACCGGCCCCGGGACAUCGAGUGCCGAUCAGAGAAGGUGCCCGAUGCGCCCCUGGAGGAGGUGGGGCAGGUGGUCCAGUGCAACGUGAGCUUUGGGCUGGUGUGCCGCAACCGCGAGCAGCCGGGGCCCCUGCCCUACUGCCACAACUUCCACGCGCGACUGCUCUGCUGUGAGGACUACAGCCACUGCACCACCACCCCCGCCACCACUGCGGCCCUGUCCCUGGAGACCUCCCUGUCCCCGGAGACCUCCCGUACCUCGGCGAUGCCCACCACCACGCCCACCACUGUCUCCCGCUCCCCGCCCGGCACCCGGGUCAGUGCGUCCCCGACGUGGCGCACCGAGACCUCGUCCGGCCUCCCCGGCACCGUGCCCAGCACCGCCGGGGCCACCUCCAGCACCAGGACCUCCCUACCGCCCCCCACGACCGAGGCCACCAGCUCCCCGCCGAGCACCGCCCCGGGCCCCUCCCCGGCUGCCUCCACGUCCCUGCCUGUCAUGGUGUGGACCUCGUCCACCUCCGUGGUCACCACCCCGAGGCCCCCAGCACCCAGCAGCACACACUUCACCACCGGCUGCUUCUGCCGGGCAUACGGGCAGCUCUUCUCUCCCGGGGAUGUGGUCUACAACAAGACGGACAGUGCGGGCUGCCACUUCUCUGCCAUCUGCAACCAGCGCUGUGACAUUGACCGCUUCCAGAGCACCUGCCCCACCUCCUCACCCCCAGCAUCCUCGGCCCCCCUGUCCCCCUCCUCCGCAGCUCCUCCCUGCGACCUCCUUGUCCCUCCCCGACAGGUGAACGAGUCCUGGACCCUGCCGGGCUGCACGGUGGCCCGGUGUGAAGGCAACAACCGCAUGGUGCUUCUGGAGCGGAAGUCAGCGGCCAGCGUGAGCUGCGUGAAUGGGCAUCGGCCAGUCAGAGUGUGGCAGGGGAGCGAGCCGUGUGACUUCCGUUUUGAGUGCGAGUGCUUGUGCAGCGGCUGGGGUAACUCUCACUACAACACCUUUGACGGCACCUCCUACUCCUUCGUGGACAACUGCACCCACGUGCUCAUGCGGGAGAUCCGCCCGCGCCACGGGAACCUCAGCAUCUACAUGCACAACUACUACUGUGGGGCCACCUCAGCCACUGCCCAGUGUCCCCGCGCCCUCAGCACCCGCUAUAAGUCCACGGAGGUCAUCCUCACCACCGGCACCGGCGCCAACGGGCAGGAGGAGCCCCUGAUAUUGUUUGACCGAAAGCAAGUGAGCCCGGGCUUUGCGAAGAACGGCGUGAGUGUGUCCGUGACAGGCACCAGCACGAUGGGCAUCGACAUUCCUGCCCUUGAUGUCAGCAUCAGCUUCGACGGGCACGUCUUCCAGGUCCGGCUGCCCUACACCCACUUCAGCCACAACACGGAGGGCCAGUGCGGCACCUGCACCAACAGCCAGACAGACGACUGCCGCCAGCCAGACGGCACCACCGCCCCCACCUGCCAAGACAUGGCCCAUACCUGGCUGGUCAGGGAGAGCAGCAGGGAGGACUGCGGGGCACCCACCCCCCAGCCCCCGGUACCACCCGCCACGCCCACCUCCUCCCCAUGCCCCCCAGCACCUCUCUGCGAGCUGUUGCUGAGCCCGGUCUUCGCAGAGUGCCACGGCCUCAUCCCGCCGGGCCCGUUCUUCAGCUCCUGCGUCAGUGAUGGCUGCCAAGCCGACCGCCAGGCGCCCUGCAAGAGCCUGGAGGCCUACGCAGCACUCUGCCGUGCCCAGGGCGUGUGCAGCAGCUGGCGCGACGCCACCGGCGGGCUGUGCAACUUCACCUGUCCGUCCGGCAAGGUGUACCAGCCGUGUGGCCCCGCACAGCCCGCGUCCUGCGACUCCAGGCGCCAGAGCGAGGUGGGCAAGGGGCUGGCGGAAGGCUGCUUCUGCCCGGAUGGACACACCCUCUUCAACACGCACACAAACGUCUGCGUGCGCGAGUGCGGCUGUGUGGGACCAGACGGGUUUCCCAAAUCUCCCGGGGAGCGGUGGGUCAGCAACUGCCAGGACUGCGUGUGUCACGAGGGCUCCCUGUCGGUGCGGUGCACGCCCGUGCUGUGCGAAGCCCAGGACCGGCCCCUGCAGUGCAGCCGGGCGGGCCUGGUGACUGUGACCAGGCCUGUGGCUGACAAGCCGUGCUGCCUGGAGACGCUGUGCGUCUGCAACACGACCACCUGCCCCCAGAGCCCACCCAAAUGUGUGCCGGGAGAGGAGCUGGUGGCCACCCAGGAGGAGGGCGACUGCUGCCCCACCUUCAGCUGCCGACCUAAGCUGUGCACCUACAAUGGCACCGCCUAUGGGAUCGGUGCAACCUUCCCAGCGGUCACUCCCUGCCACACAUGCACCUGCCUGUCCGUGGACACCCAGCACCCAACGGUGCAGUGUGAGGAGGACAACUGCAGCACCACCUGCCCCCAGGGCUUCCAGUACCAGAAGGUGGAGGGACAGUGCUGUGGGGAGUGCGUGCAGACAGCGUGUCUCACGCCGGACGGCCGGCUGGUCCGGCCCAACGAGACCUGGGUCAGCAGCCUCGUGGACAACUGCACGGAGUACCGCUGCGACGCCAAGAACGGGCUCCACGUGCUCACCCCGAGGCCGCUGCCCUGCCCGGACCCGUCCAGCUGCAAGGGCAUCCUCAGGAAAACUGGCUGCUGCUACUCCUGUGAGGAAGUGGACUCCUGCCAAGUCCGGGUCAACAGGACGGUCCUGAGACACCGGGGCUGCGCCACCCAGGCCCCGGUCAACGUCACCUUCUGCGAGGGCUCGUGCCCAGGAGUGUCCAAGUUCUCCAUGGAGGCCCAGGCCAUGCAGCGUCGGUGCACCUGCUGCCAGGAGACAAGGCUUCACGAGGAGGUGGUGACCAUGCAGUGUCCCGAUGGGACAGCGGUCCGGCACACCUACACCCACGUGGACGAGUGCAGCUGUGCUGCGUCCUGCGUCCCUGCUCCCGAGGCCCCCGAGGACAGCACCCCCAUCUUCUCGAUCUAGGGGUCCACCACUGGCUGUUGCCAUUCUGACCCCAUCCCGCAAGCUCCCUCCCUCCCCCUCCGGAGCCAGAACACUCACUACCCAACCGCGGAUAGCCGGGCCAGCCUGCUGCAGGAGUCCGAGCACACCCUCCACCCGUGCCCUCGCGACACCUGCGCCCUGGAGGUGAUGGUGCCAUGACGGCCUGCCUGAGGGGGGCUCCGGGAGGGGGCCUUGCCCUCGGAGCCCCUUCAGCACGUCUUGGCCACCUGCCUGGCCAUCAGGGCCGACCCCUCAUUUGAGACACAAGCGCCUGCUCCGUCCGGACUCGCCCCCUUCUUGGUGUCAGAGGUGUGCCCCAUAGCCAAGUGCGCAUCAGCUGCCAUGCUGCUCCCUGCACUGUGGGCCUGCGUGCCCCCCUCCUGCCCCCCGCUGCUCCUCAAAGCCCCGGGGAACAGAUUCCUGCUGGCCACCUCCUGCAGCAGAAUUCAGGCUGAGGCCCGUCCAGGCAAGGCCAGGCCGGUAGCCUCCAGGGAGCGGUGCCAGGCAGGCCCAUGUCUGGACCCAGGCGUGGGGUUACCAUGGCCGACAGGAGGGCCCCGGGCAGGGGUGGGGGGCGUCGGAGCCCUCUGCUCACUCCGCCCCGACCUUGCAAAUAAACG